AUGACACCGCAAAUCUUCCAUUCAAGAAUCCGAGCAAGCCCGUCGAAAGACUUUCCACAGCGGAGCAUAACGCCAACAACCAGGCAGCAACAUCACUAUCAACACACAGAACUACAGAACCCCCCAACUCCCAACAAUCCACUCCCAACAUCAAACAUGGCAGAAAGAAUCCAAAGACUCCUAUCAAACUACCCAUUCACAACCACGGCCCUCGGCACAGGAACCAUCCUCAUUGCCCCGGUGCUCGUUGCGCUUGGAGGCCACACAGCAGCAGGUAUGCUUACUUUGGUCUCAUCUACCACCAAGCUAAUUAUUCCAGGGGUAUUUGCGGCGGCAGCAGCAAACAGCGGGCAUGGAUUUAGUUUUAUGUCUGUAUUGAAGGGCGUGGGGUGGGUGUUGGGCGGGAUUGCGCAACAGCUUGGGGAGCUGGUGUUUGGGAUGUUCAUGGAUGGUCUUUUUGGGACUGGUCCAGUUGGAAGAAUUAAGAAGAGUGGGCUUGAGGAAAGAGAUGUGAGGAUUCAGACUAGAGAUACAGAGAGGGAGAAAGAUGAGGGUGAGAAGGAGGUGGAGGUGGAGGCUGGAAAAGAAAAGUUGGACGGUAUCUGUCUGUAA